AUGGCAAUUUGGGCUGCUCUCCCGCUGGAAAUCCGGCACAUGAUUUUUGGAUAUGUUGCAGGCGGGCCGUAUCCACCGCGAUCUCGGAAACUGACGGAAUGUGUCGACGAAAACGAGGCCCUCGCAAGCUACGCCAGUGUAUCAUGCGAGUGGCGGUACGUCUUUGAGCAGUAUACAUUUCGAACGUUGAGUGUCCGUGCCAGCGAUCUCCCUGCCUUUUGUGCUGCUGUAGCUGGCGACCCGGUGGUUCGUCUGUCCUACAUCACGAGAUUGCGGCUGAUGAUUCCCCUCAGCGAGUACGACUGCUCAGUCUGUGACACUAAAGAAAGCGAGGAGGAGUCGCAAAAGAACAACGCUGUCUUUGCAGCAACGAUUUUUCCGCUGCUCACGGCUCUGUCGGCAUGGACGCUGUCAGGGCCGAUGUCAAGGGGCAUCUAUACCGGAGGACUCGACUUGUCAUUGUUCGUCUAUUCGCCCAGCGAUCUGCAGCACUCCAUUUACAAUUUUUGGGGCCAUUUCGAACCGUCCGGGAGCUGCCUCCCUAUGCGCACCUGCUACGAGCUCCGCCUGCUUCGCAAUGGUGUGACCAACUACAAGCAUGGAUGGGUGGCCGGCAAACGCACGGCAGCACCUCCUUUGGAGGCCGCAGAGCGCGUCCUAGGCAGACGUAUGCUGCAACUGGAGACGCUUGGUGUGCCGGAGACGGUCACCCUUCCAAAGUUGAGCAUUAUACGGUCAUUUAGCAUGGUGAGAGGUUUCUACCGUGCCAUCCACCCUCGACUUCUCGGACAGCUCAUCGUGGCCUGCCCGAGACUGCGUUCGGUUCACAUGGAGCAGUGGCGGCCCGUCGAUGUGGACAGUCUGGAGGAUGCAGAACAAGGCUACAUAUCCUUAUUCAACAGCCCACUGCCAAAGACGCUCAAGUCCCUUACGCUCCAUCAGGAUACCAAUGCCACUAUGCAUGACUGGGAGGACCCUUUAACGAAUCAGGAACCGUGCCGAAAGGUCGGCUGGCGCUUGGGCAAGGCCAGCAAUUACCUUGAGACGGUGGCGGUCUCGUUUUGGGCGGACGCAUGCGACUUUUUUAUGGGCGGCUUUCGGGCACCUGUACCAGGGGAUAUCUGCACCUGCUCUCGCUAUAUGGUAGGGGGCCGGCGAGACUGGGCGAUACGAGUGCAACAGCAGUUACAGCAGUUACAAUCAGGCGAGCGUGUCAAGUUUGACGGCUGGCCACGGCUGCGCCACCUCGUCUUGACGUCGACCAUGUUGAUUUCCAUUUCCCUGGACGACAUUCACGAGCUCCUCGGGGUCGCCGCCUUUGCGGCCCGCUUCAUGCCCCGCUUGGAAACAAUGGAAAUCUGGUUUGCUCAAGAGAGUGGUCCGACGACGGCUGUCUUUCGCUUUUGCCCGCAACCAAAGGCAGGCAGUGGUGGUGAUGGUGGUGGUCCGCCCACGCUCUCAUUCUGUACCACGUUGAGAGGGACUGACGCAGAGACCGACGCAGAAACUGAGGCAGAGACUGAGGCAGAGACUGAGGCAGAGACUGAGGCAGAGUAUGGCGAAGAGUCUGGAGCAGAGUAUGGAUCGGAGCACGACGCAGAUAUUGAGUUUGACUUGUACAACGCAGAGUAUGAGACAGAGACUGGGGCCAACAAUGUGGUCACACACCACGCAAGACAACGUCGCCGACGCCAUCAUGGCAACAGCGGCCACGACCCAUCUGGCUCGGCCCCAGGCUCUACUCUGAAGCUUCAGGUGCAUACCGAGACGUGGCCAAGCAUCGACGAGUUUGGACAGCCGAUUGAUGGGCGGAUCCAGGCACUCGACCACAUGGUGCUGGCGCCCGCGAUUCUGACGGGCCGUUCACGCAGGGCAAUGCGUUUUGAGCACGGAGAUGGCUUCGACAUGAUGUAA